UCGCGCGGCCUGUGUCGCGCCAAGCUGAGCCGGGCUGUGCUGUCUCACCCGUGAGGCCAAGAAGCGGGCGGGUGCUUCUCUCUGUGGAAUCUUCAGCUCUCGGCUUCCUGCCGCCAUGGAGUACCUCAUCGGCAUCCAGGGCCCCGAUUAUGUCCUUGUCGCCUCCGACCGGGUGGCCGCCAGCAAUAUUGUCCAAAUGAAGGACGAUCAUGACAAGAUGUUUAAGAUGAGUGAAAAAAUCUUACUCCUAUGUGUUGGACAGGCUGGAGACACUGUGCAGUUUGCAGAAUACAUUCAGAAAAAUGUGCAGCUUUAUAAGAUGCGAAAUGGAUAUGAAUUAUCUCCCACAGCAGCAGCUAAUUUUACACGUCGAAACCUGGCUGACUACCUCCGGAGUCGGACCCCAUAUCAUGUGAACCUCCUCCUGGCUGGCUAUGAUGAGCAUGAGGGGCCAGCACUCUACUACAUGGACUACCUGGCAGCCUUAGCCAAGGCCCCUUUUGCAGCCCAUGGCUAUGGUGCCUUUCUGACUCUUAGUAUCCUGGACCGAUACUACACACCAACUAUCACCCGUGAAAGGGCAUUGGAGCUUCUUAGGAAAUGUCUGGAGGAGCUCCAGAAGCGCUUCAUCUUGAAUCUGCCAACCUUCAGUGUUCGAAUCAUUGACAGAAAUGGCAUCCAUGACCUGGAUACUAUCUCCUUCCCUAAACAGGUUUCCUAACCUCAUGUCCUUUCUCCCACUUGCCAGAGAACUUUUUUGAAUGGCUCCUUUAAUUUUUUCUACACUUUUGGUGUACAUAAUUGAUAGAUGUUUAAUUCAGAAUAAAGCUGAAUGUGGAUAAAUUGA